AUUUUAAUAACCCAACACUAAAUUAAAUUCCUAACCUCGAAAACGUCUAAUCAUCAGCGCUUUUUGAAAAUGUGGUGGAAAUUUAAAAUGUUUUCGCCCAAAUAAGCGGAACAUUGUCAGUGGGAUGACGGGGGGGGGGAGUAUUGCGAUUAGCCUCUUUAUCACCAUUCGCGAUUCACCAAUCACCAGUCGAAAGUUAACGCUAAAAUCGCACACAUAUUAAUUAAAUUAAAUAUUUAUUAUUCAAUAUUCAUAACUUAAUCCUGGAUUUGUAUUACGUUUAACGAUACCUUAGAUUAUUAUAUACAUUAAUGAUAGAAACGUACUCAUCCUAUAACCCAUACGGACAUGCAUUAUUGUCGUGGCGAGUCUCUCAAAUACUAUUUACUACAAUAGUUCCAUACCAUUUUUAAGAAAGAUUACUAUAUGAUGGAUAUGCAGUUUUUUAAGCAAUGAAAACUUGUGAAUAAGAAUUUGCAAAACUCUGUUGAUAAUUUAUAAAUCUAAACAUUCCAUAAUUGUUUAUAAAAUUAUUAUUUAAAACUUAUCAUGUUUACACUACAGAAAUUGGCGUAUCAUGCUUGCGAUAAUAGAGAUAAACACUGGUAUAACACUAUUCCCAAAAAUGUUACCAAAAUCAAUAUUAAAAGUUGUUGUGAAGAUAUUAUUCAAAUAACCAAGGGGAAGAAAAGAGUAAAAGAUACAUCUACUACAUUAUGCUCCACUGCCUCAAGAUAUGGGCAUUUAGAGUGUUUGAUAUUUGCUCGUCAGAUGCAAUGUUCUUGGGAUAGUAGGACAUGUUCUGCAGCAGCCAGAAAUGGCUAUCUAGAAUGUUUAAAAUACGCCCAUGAAAAUGGAUGCACUUGGAACCAAAACACAUGCUCUAAUGCAGCGUAUAGAGGACAUAUACAUUGUUUAAGAUAUGCACAUGAAAACAAUUGUCCGUGGACUGUAAGUACAACAGACUGUGCUAUAAGAAGUGGUAAUAUAGAAUGUUUAAUAUAUGCCCAUGAAAAUGGAUGUCCAUUGGAUCAAUGGGCAGGUUUAACAGCAGCUUCCAACGGACAUGUAAACUGUUUGCAAUAUGCUCAUGCUAAUGGUUGCAAUUGGAGCAUUUUUAUAUGUGCUGCGGCUGCAGAUGGUGGACAUUUAAAAUGUUUAAAAUAUGCUCAUGAAAGUGGUUGUUUAUGGGAUUUUUCGACCAGUUUCAACGCAGCAAGAAAAGGACAUUUUCUCUGUUUGAAGUAUGCUCUUGAUAAUGGAUGUCCAUGGAGCAACCUUGUAACCUAUGGUGCUGUACUCAGCGGAAAACUUAACUGCUUAAGAUACGCUCUUGCAACAAGAGGUCCAUGGAAUGAUAAAUUAUCCUUACUUGCUGCAAGCGAAGGACACCUUAACUGUUUAAAAUACAUUCAUGAACAAGGAUUGCCUUGGAAUGAUAGAGUUUGUGCAGUAUCUUAUGAUAAAAGACAUUUAAAUUGUUUAAUAUAUGCUCGUAAAAAUGGAUGUAGUAUGGAUAAAGGUACACGCAAGCGUAUUAUCAAAGAUAAACGAUUAAAAAAAAUAACAAAAAUGAUACUUUUAUAUCCAAAGAAAUGAAUUACUCAUUAGAUAGUAUUACUGAUAUUGUAGUAUUGUAGAUAGCGGUCAAUAAAUGUAUAAUUAUUGUUUCUUUCAAUAUUUUGAAUUUCACUGAAAUUAUUUAAUAUUCAUAACACUAUAAGAUACAAUUAAGUAUAAUAUUGUAUAAAUUUAAUAUUC